AAAAAAAAAAAAAAAAAAAACUUUCCUCGAAAAUAAAACGAUUUUUAUAUAUAAUUUUAUUUUUCUCCUCUCUUCAAAUCAAAAACCAGAAUAGAUCAGCGGCUCGAAUCGUUUGAUUCAUCAUCGUAUUAUUCGUAUUCAAUCCCGUUUCCGAAUCGAGAUUCGUAUUUUCUUCUCCGAGAUUGAAGGAUUCGAUGGAGAAUCGAUUCAACUGUAACCGAGAAAUCUAAGAAGCUACAGUAUCCGCGGAGGGAUUGAGUUUUUUUUCCAUGUGCAGUAGUAAUAAUCCAGAAAUAAUCAGAUUCGCCAUGGAUUCCGGUUCCGUGAACUCAUCCUCCGUCACAAGUCCAGGCUCCAGCUUAAACGACGAGUCUCACCGAGUGAAAUUCCUCUGCAGCUUCCUAGGCAGCAUACUGCCACGUCCUCAGGACGGGAAGCUUAGGUACGUAGGCGGAGAGACGAGGAUCGUGAGCGUGACGAGGGACGUCACCUACGAGGAGCUGAUGAGCAAGAUGAGGGAGCUCUACGAGGACGCGGCGGUUUUGAAGUACCAGCAGCCUGAUGAGGAUCUUGAUGCGUUGGUCUCCGUUGUGAAUGAUGAUGACGUGACGAAUAUGAUGGAGGAGUAUGAUAAGUUGGGGUCAGGGGAUGGUUUCACUAGGCUUAGGAUCUUUCUGUUUUCGCCUUCUCCGGAGCAGGACGGUGGUGGUGGUGGUUCUUCGGGUUAUGAUGAUCAGAGGGAGUCUGAGAGGAGAUAUGUUGAUGCUCUCAAUAAUUUGGUUGAAGGGACGGAUUUUAGGAAGGUGCAGCAGUAUCCUGACUCGCCGAGGUUUAAUCCGAAUGACGAUUUUUCCGCGGUGGAACCGAUGUUUAAUCAGCUGGCUAUUGACAGUGGGAGUCAGAGGGGGAAUGAGAUACCUGUGGGGCAGUAUAGUAAUCUUCACCAGCUUAGGAUACCUCGUGUUGGUUCGGGGCAGAUGCUUGCGCCGAGGUAUGGUGAAGUAGAAGGAACAUGGAGUCCUUACUAUUCUCCUCGGCAUCAUGGUCAUUUUCAGGAGUUUCCGUCUUCGCCUUCGUCUGCUCGUUACCGGAUGCCGUAUGGGGAGGUUCCUGAUAAGGUGUUUGAUAGAAUGCCUGAGGAUUAUGUGAGACCAGGUCAUCAUCCUUUGUAUGAGCACCAAGGAGGACAGGUUCCUGAUAAUGUGGUGUGGGUCCCUGCUGGAGCUAUGCCACUUGAGAGUAAAGGAGGUUUUCCUGGGAAUGUACUUCAUGGUGGUCCAAGUGGCUAUGAAGGGGGUAAUAUAUGUGAGAGCUGUCGUGUACCGUUUCAAAAGAACCAUCAGCCGUUUGAGCAGAGUAAUGGAUUUCAACCGGUUCCUUCUGCUCAUUGUGCACAGUGUCCACCCAAUAGGGAGACUUUCAUGCUUAACGCUGACCCAAAGCCUCCUACCCCUCAUGGGGCUUAUGCAAAUGAGACUUUCGGGCAUGAAAGAGGAUGGAUGGCUCAACAACAGGUGAUUCCUAAUCCUAAUCCUCUACGUAUUGAUGAAGGGAAUGCUGGAAGACCAAGUGAUCAUUACACUCUUGAUGGUCCUGGGAUGAAUUAUCCGUUUGGCCACCGACCACCACCUGAAAUUUCCAAUGAAGGGUUUCAUGAUAAACCUCUUGGUGGCAUUCCCUUGAACCCGUCCAACCCUUCUGCUGAGGAACGUGGGUUUCACUAUGGGAAUAAUCUGUAUGCUCCAGGACCCGAAAGUAUUCACUCAGCAAGUCAUAGCCACAUCUACCCGCAGCAAAAUAUUUGGCAGAAUGUUCCGAACCAUAUAACUGGUGCUCCAGGCUUGCAAACUGGUACUCCAGGCUUACCUAUGCAGCAAGUCAAUGGCACAGCCAAUCAAACUGUUAUCAGGAAUCCGAUAGACAGUGCUCCUAGAUAUUCUAUUGGAGUGGAGAAUCCAAGUGUUUUAGUCGGUUCUCCGCAGAACAUUUCAGGCUUUGAUGCGAUAUCUUCUCCUGGCCAGCCUUAUUACCCAAAUCCCCAUUUUCAAGAUAGAGCCUUCCCUUUAGACCCAAAUUGGGUGCCAUCUGAGAACCAGGCUGUGCGUAGCGAAUAUCUACAGGGGCUUAAGCCUUUAUCAGGGCCCAUGCUACAGACAAACCUCGGUACGCAAACACCAGACUGUUUUGAAGUGGUGAGGCCGGUGGAAAGCAAGGUUCCUCAGGGAGGUGAACAAGUUAACUAUGUUGAUACUGGUGUUUCAGGUGUUCCCUGCCUAGAUAAGCCUCAACCCUUAGCCGAAGGAAAGAAUGAUAUGGUAGAAGUUAGUCCUUUUGCUGCUUCUCCUGAAGGGGGUGAGCUAUCAGUCGAGCGUUUGAGUUUCUUGCCGGAGUUAAUGGAGUCUGUGAAGAGGGCGGCACUUGAAGGAGCUGCUGAGGUCAAAGCUCAUCCAGAAGAAGCCAACGAUCCUGUGAGGCCGGACUUAGUGGAAAACGAAUCAGAGCAUGUGAAUGCUCAAAUCGAACAUGAGGAUUCUGAUAGCGACAAUCCAAACAAUUUUAAGAUUGAGCCAACAAAGGCGGAGGCUGAAGCUCUAUCUAGAGGACUUCAGACUAUAAGAAAUGAUGAUCUGGAGGAGAUCCGAGAGCUAGGUUCUGGAACAUAUGGAUCUGUUUACCAUGGCAAAUGGAAAGGCUCAGAUGUUGCAAUAAAGAGAAUAAAAGCCAGCUGCUUUGCAGGCAAACCUUCUGAAAGGGAACGUUUGAUAGAAGAUUUUUGGAAAGAAGCUCUGUUACUGAGCUCAUUGCAUCACCCCAACGUUGUGUCUUUCUAUGGGAUAGUUCGUGAUGGUCCUGAUGGUUCACUAGCAACUGUCGCUGAGUUCAUGGUUAACGGAUCUUUGAAACAGUUCUUGCAGAAGAAAGACAGAACUAUUGAUCGUCGCAAAAGACUCAUCAUAGCCAUGGAUACGGCUUUUGGGAUGGAGUAUUUGCACGGAAAGAACAUAGUUCAUUUCGAUUUGAAGUGCGAGAAUCUUCUUGUGAACAUGAGAGAUCCUCAGCGUCCUGUGUGCAAGAUCGGUGAUUUAGGUUUAUCGAAGGUGAAACAGAAGACUUUAGUGUCAGGAGGUGUUCGCGGGACAUUGCCAUGGAUGGCACCGGAGCUCUUGAGUGGCAAAAGCAACAUGGUCUCUGAAAAGAUCGAUGUUUACUCGUUUGGGAUUGUAAUGUGGGAAUUGCUCACUGGUGAAGAGCCUUACGCAGAUAUGCACUGUGCUUCUAUAAUAGGAGGUAUAGUGAAUAAUUCAUUGCGUCCGAAAAUCCCACAGUGGUGUGAUCCUGAGUGGAAAGGAUUAAUGGAAAGUUGUUGGGCAUCCGAGCCAACAGAGAGACCAUCCUUUGCUGAAAUAUCUCAGAAGCUCAGGACUAUGGCUGCUGCUAUGAAUUUAAAAUAAAAGAAAUAAAUAAAAAGAAGAAUAAAGAUGAUGAUGAUGAUGAAGAAAAAAGAAGAUGGCGAUGGUGCAGGGCUUCUAUUUACUUGGGUUUUUAUAAAAAAGUAUUAUAGUUAAGCCUAUUUUUAAGUUUACCACUUGGUUUUGCGGUUGGAACGCAAAUACUAGCGUUUUUAUGGGGUAUAUAUAAGUUAAAUCUUGAAUUUAGAGGAUUUUGUUAUGGAUCAAGCAAUUUGUUUGUUGCUGCACUUUGAUGAUCUUUGAGCUCUUGUCUCUGGUUCAUAUUGUUUUCUUCUUUCUAUUGGGGGUGUUAUUUUUGGGUGUUUGUAUAUAAACCUGUGGUUGCAGUUGCAGACCGAUUACAUGUUAGAUUAGUCUUUCCUUCUUUGUAAUAAUGGUUAAG